CCUUAGAUACGACUAGAAAACACAACAAACAUCGAACAGCUUUUACAUAACAGAGUCGCAUAGUACGUCGCAUAACAAACUACUCCCAUUUAAAUAUUUUGUUCCUGUAUCAGUGACCGCUUAAAAAAUAAUGGGUCUUUUAUCUAUUCUGAGAAAACUACGUUCGAAUCCUGAGAAAGAAUUACGCCUUUUACUUCUUGGUUUGGAUAAUGCUGGCAAAACAACGAUUUUAAAAUCAUUAGCUAGCGAAGAUAUUACACAGGUUACGCCUACGCAAGGUUUCAAUAUAAAAAGUGUACAAAGCGAAGGAUUUAAAUUAAAUGUUUGGGAUAUAGGAGGUGCAAGAAAGAUUCGACCCUAUUGGCGAAAUUAUUUCGAAAAUACUGACGUUCUCAUCUACGUUGUAGAUAGUGCCGAUAUCACAAGAUUAGAAGAAACAGGGCAGGAGCUUUCUGAACUUUUGUUGGAGGAAAAACUCAGCGGUGUUCCAUUGUUGGUGUACGCGAAUAAACAGGAUUUGGGUCAAGCCGUGACAGCAGCGGAAAUUGCAGAGGGUCUUGGACUUUACAACAUCAAAGAUCGCGAUUGGCAGAUACAAUCGUGUGUCGCAAUCGAGGGAAAAGGUGUUAAGGAAGGCCUGGAGUGGGCGUGUAAAAAUAUGAAAAAAAAAUAAUGAAAGAACGAUUCUUCUCCGAUCUGUACAGCUUGUACAUUCCAGUCAUGUUUUAUUCAUUGCUUUUAUCUAAUAUUUACAAGAAAACAUUCACAAAAUGCUAUUAUUCGUAAAUCCACUUCGAUCACUUCAACAUUCUUGUCUGAUCGGCGAUCAAAUUUUUUGCUUCUAUGUCAACAAAAGAUUAUGACAAACGCGCAUUCAAUUACUUACGAAGAAUACGAACUAGCAAUAAGUUUGAUAAUCAAAUUAAGAAGAACAAACUAUAUAUAUAUAUAUAUAUAUAGGUAUGUAUAUCUAUAUAUUUUCUAAUUGAAUUAAGUUAAUAAUUUUCACAUCAUUGUGAAAAAAAUGAAAGAACGAU